UUUGCUUCAACACGCACGCACACGGUGAAGCCGUGAAGGUUUAUCGUCCUGUUGUCAAAUCAUGCGAAACAUAAAACCAGCAUACAAUUUUCAUGUCCAUUUCCCUAAAACGCAGCAGAAUCAUAUGAAACAGAGUAAAAAAAAGCUUCUUUUUUACCUCUCAACACCGCUUGAGCUGUCACUGCAACUUCAUCGUCGUUUAAUCACUUCUCCAGAAAAAUAAUUGAUCCAUUAAUGGAGUUUUGCACUUCAUUAGUUGUUAUUCUAGCAUCAGUUUCUGUGAUUGUGGCACAAGAUGUUGAAGAGUCAUAUCUUGUGAUUAAUGGGAGUUUACCGAUGGCUCAUACGGAUGCCAGUUAUAUUUGUGCUACUAUCGAUUGGUGGCCGGAUAAUAAGUGUGAUUACCACCAAUGUCCCUGGGGAUCUUCAUCUGCUUUGAAUCUGGACUUAUCUCAUCCAUUUCUAGCCAAAGCAGUUCAAGCUUUUAAACGUAUGAGAAUACGAGUCGGUGGUUCAUUACAAGACCAAGUAUUGUAUAAGGUUGGUAAUUACUCCGGACCUUGCCACCCGUUUACAAAAACGAAAGGGGGACUGUUUGGCUUCUCGAAAGGCUGUCUUCCCAUGAGUAGGUGGGAUGAACUAAAUCAGUUCUUCAACCAAACAAGAGCGCUUGUGACAUUUGGCUUGAAUGCACUCUAUGGGAGACAACAGGUUAAAAAGGGUGCUUGGGGUGGAGAUUGGAAUUCCAGUAAUGCCCGUGAUUUCAUAAAAUAUACAGUUUCCAAAGGGUAUAAGAUUGAUUCAUGGGAGUUCGGUAAUGAGUUAAGCGGUAAGGGGAUUGGUGCAAUGGUAGAUGCUGAUCAGUACGGGAGUGAUGUAAUUGAACUCAGGGGUAUAAUUGACGAUUUAUACAGGCGAUUCCGGCCAAAACCGUUACUUGUGGCACCGGGAGGAUUUUUUGAUAAACAAUGGUUUGCUACGCUUCUUCAGUCUUCUGGGUCAGAAAUUGUCAAUGUAUUGACACUCCAUUUGUAUAACCUAGGCCCAGGUGUUGAUCGAAAUUUGGUAAAAAAGAUUUUAGAUCCCCAUUUCUUGAGUCGGGCAUCAGUCACGUUUACUGGUCUUCAACAAACAAUUGACAUGGAUGGUCCGUGGGCAUCUGCUUGGAUCGGGGAAUCUGGUGGGGCCUACAACAGUGGUGGUCUUCAUGUUUCAGACACUUUUGUAAAUAGCUUCUGGUACUUGGAUCAGCUUGGAAUGGCAGCCAAGUAUCACACGAAAGUAUAUUGCCGACAAACGUUAAUUGGUGGAAAUUAUGGUCUCCUAAAUAGAACGACUUUCAUGCCUAACCCUGAUUACUACAGUGCACUUCUUUGGGACCAACUUAUGGGUACCGGAGUUCUUGCUGUUGAUAGAAAAAACAUUGCACCACAUUUGCGCACUUAUGCUCACUGUUCAAAAGGCAAACCAGGUAUAACUUUGCUUUUGAUCAACCUCAGCAACCGAACUCAUUUCACACUGAGUGUUCACAACAUCCUAAACAUAAAUCUACAUACAACUCAAUACAAAACCUUAAAAAAGAAGUCACCAUUUGUUCACGAUCUCAAGACAGCGGUUUCGUGGGUUGGAUCCAAAUCCACAGAUGAAAACUUGUCACGGGAGGAAUACCACUUAACGCCGCGACAUGGAAAUAUUCAAAGUAAAACAAUGCUUUUGAAUGGAGUUCCAUUAGAGCUAACCAGGAAUGGAGAUAUCCCAAGCUUAAAACCAACCAUGGUGAAAGUGGAUUCUCCAAUUUCCAUUGCUCCUUUGUCUAUCAAGUUUUUGCAGUUUCCAAACUUUGAUGCGCCGGGUUGUGAAUGAUGCAUCUUUGCGUGUACCUCGUGAAACUUGGCGGUGUUGCUUCUAUACGUAAAUCAGGAGUUUCAAGUGUAAAAAGAAUUUAAAGUAAAUGGGCAGCCAGCUUUAGUAUGAAUUAUUUUUUUUUUCAAACUAAUGUAGAUUGUAUCGUGUUAUGGAGAUAAAAUUUCCAUGUUUCAAAUCACUACUCAACUGCACCUCUGGAAAUUGUUACCUGUUAUAUAAACACUAGCGUCGUGAAGUUAUCCUUUAAA